AUGUUUGUUGGCUUGUUAUUUUGAUGUAUAUUGUUUCACUUGUUUACAUAAUGGUCAUAUUGGGGAAACUUGUACUUAUCGAAUGACUUUUUAAUUUUCUUCUCCUUUAGAAAAGUGUCAUUUACACCACCUCAGCUGUUCUUCUACUGGUUUUCUCGUUGUAUGGAAAUUCAGCAGAAAGCAAACCGACAAUUCCAACGUUGCAAAUUCGUCAAGACAUAAACCCUACGGAACAAAGCAUCUCUGAAGGCUCUGCUGAAGAGAAGUCUGGCUUGCUCGUUAUUGCCCCAGAAGAAAAAGAUGACAUGGCAGUUAGUGACAAUAGAGACGAGAAUGCUUUGCACUCAGACGGAACAAGCACACCGCUGGGACGAAGAGCAACAUCUAAACGCCAGAAUAAGGCAAUCCGAUUCAAGAGGAACACCACACCGAACCCAUGUGUAGAGAGAUACCAGCUCAAAUUGAUAGACCGCGAAACAGUUGUGCCCACCGUGAUAUGUGCAGAGGGUUGUAAAGAAAUUAAAAGAGUGUAUUUCUUUAAAGAUAGGGAUGAUCCACUAACAUUUGCAGUAGACUGUCAACGGCCUGCCAAAGGAUCACCGCGCUGA